AUGGGACAAAUACAUGUUGUGUGCGUUUUGGUCAAUCUUUAUCCAGGUGACACCGAUGACCAUGGCCUCCCAAAAGAAAAGGACAAAUGCUGUGACACCAAUCUAUACCUGUAUCAUGAGGAAAUCGAAGACAGACCACGAGCGGCUACAUUCCUCAGUUCCCUGGCUGACUAUUCCAACACCAUACCCACGGCUUCCGCAGCAGACCCGGAUGCACCGAAACCUGCUCCUCCAGCGCGGAUGGGAACGCUCAUCGGAGUCUACCUUCCCUGCAUACAGAAUAUCUUCGGCGUGAUCCUCUUCAUCCGUUUGACGUGGGUCGUCGGAACCGCUGGUGCUAUUCAGGGCUUCUUGAUCGUGCUUACGUGCUGUUGUACGACAAUGCUUACCGCAAUAUCCAUGUCAGCGAUUGCAACAAACGGCGUGGUCCCGGCAGGGGGGUCCUACUUUAUGAUAGGACGGUCCCUGGGACCAGAGUGUGGGGGGGCAGUGGGCAUGCUCUUCUAUACUGGAACCACUCUCGCUGCGGCUAUGUACAUUGUCGGUGCAGUGGAGAUUGUCUUGACAUACAUGGCGCCCUGGUUGUCCAUCUUCGGUGACUUCACGAAAGACCCCGAGGCGAUGUACAACAACUUCCGAGUGUAUGGAACCGGUCUGCUCUUGAUCAUGGGAAUGGUGGUGUUCGUCGGGGUUAAGUUCGUGAAUAAGUUUGCGACCAUCGCCCUCGCGUGUGUCAUCUUGUCGAUUACAGCUGUUUACGUCGGUAUCUUCGUCAACUUUAAUGGAAAUGAUAAUCUACAAAUGUGCGUGCUGGGUAAGCGACUAUUGAAAGAUAUCCAUAUCAGUAACUGUUCUAAGGAUCCUGGCGGCGAAUUGGAGCAACUAUUCUGCCCCAAUAAAACGUGCGAUCCAUAUUACCAGACUCACGGAGUCAGUGUGGUUCAGGGUAUCAAGGGUCUGGCUAGCGGAGUGUUCUUUGACAAUUUACAAGGCUCUUUUCUUACACUUGGACAAUACGUAGCCUAUGGCAAAGAACCGGAUGAUAUAGAACAAAUGGAGCGACCGACAUACAAUCAGAUAUACGCAGAUCUCACGACGACGUUUACUAUACUUAUUGGAAUAUUUUUCCCUUCAGUAACAGGCAUAAUGGCGGGUUCUAACAGAUCAGGAGAUUUAGCUGAUGCCCAGAAAAGUAUACCAAUCGGAACGAUAUGCGCGAUAUUGACAACAUCAGUUGUGUAUUUAUCUUCAGUUCUACUCUUCGCUGGAACUGUCGAUAAUCUACUACUUCGUGAUAAAUUUGGCCAGUCCAUUGGUGGCAAACUGGUCGUUGCCAACAUGGCAUGGCCCAAUCAAUGGGUGAUUCUUAUUGGAUCUUUCCUCUCAACACUUGGGGCUGGACUUCAGUCUUUAACUGGGGCACCACGAUUACUUCAAGCCAUUGCGAAAGAUGAAAUUAUACCGUUUCUUGCACCCUUUGCAGUAUCGUCAAGUAGAGGCGAACCCACACGAGCUCUACUCCUGACAAUGCUGAUCUGUCAAUGCGGUAUCCUUCUCGGAAACGUCGACAUCUUGGCUCCUCUGCUAUCCAUGUUCUUCCUUAUGUGCUAUGGCUUCGUCAAUUUAGCUUGUGCCCUUCAAACAUUACUCAAAACGCCGAACUGGAGACCUAGAUUCAAAUAUUAUCAUUGGUCCUUAUCUCUUGCUGGUUUGGUCCUUUGCAUAUCCAUUAUGUUUAUGACGUCAUGGUUCUACGCACUUAUCGCUAUGGGCAUGGCUGGAAUGAUAUACAAAUAUAUUGAAUAUCGAGGCGCUGAGAAGGAAUGGGGUGAUGGUCUCCGUGGUCUGGCUCUAUCCGCUGCUCGAUAUUCACUACUGCGUCUCGAAGAAGGACCACCGCACACCAAGAACUGGAGGCCCCAAGUGCUUGUGCUUGCCAAACUGAACGAUGACCUUAAUCCAAAGUACCGAAAAAUGUUGGCUUUCGCUAGUCAGCUUAAAGCCGGAAAAGGUUUGACUGUGUGCGUGUCUGUGCUGGGUGGAGACUUUACCAGACGCGCUGGAGAAGCCUCUACAGCAAAACAAAAUUUGCGUAAAUGCAUGGAUGAUGAGAAGGUCAAAGGAUUUACUGAUGUCCUUGUGUCGCACAGCAUUGCAGAUGGACUGAGUCAUUUCGUCCAAACAACCGGUCUAGGAGGUUUGAAACCAAACACAGUAGUAGUUGGCUGGCCUUAUGGAUGGAGACAAUCUGAAGAUGAUCGCACUUGGCAAGUCUUUUUGCACACCGUGAGGGCUGUUACAGCUGCACGAAUGGCCAUGCUCGUUCCUAAAGGCAUUAAUUUCUUCCCUGAUUCAACUGAAAAGAUAUCGGGCAACAUUGAUAUCUGGUGGAUAGUACACGACGGAGGCAUGCUAAUGCUCUUACCUUUCUUAUUAAAACAACAUCGGACGUGGAAAAAUUGCAAGAUGCGAAUUUUCACUGUGGCCCAAAUGGAGGACAAUUCUAUUCAGAUGAAGAAAGAUCUAAAGAUGUUCCUGUACCAACUGCGCUUAGAAGCUGAAGUCGAAGUCGUAGAAAUGACUGACAGUGACAUUUCCGCAUACACAUACGAACGAACACUCAUGAUGGAACAACGAAACCAGAUGCUUCGAGAACUGAGACUGAACAAGAAAGAAACUUUGGGAAUGGUACAAGCUAUCGUCGACCACCACCACGCUGACAUUAAAACAGCAAGUAAAGUCAGAUUCGCGGAUCCCAACAGUGAAACAAACCCCAGCGACGCACCUUCACCACCACUGGCUGACAGCGAUGAAAAGGAAGCAGAUGAUAAGGACGACUUUCGAAGUAGCUUGUUGCACAUAAUUGAUUCAAUGUGGGACUCGUCCGCUGAAAACUCGCAGUGUGAGGGAGCUCCAUCGCCACCUCCGGACCCCGAGAAGAAGGACAGCAACGCCAAUGGAAACGCGCUCAACUCUAAACCUAACUUGCCAACUAUUACUCCGGAUGAAGGUACGGUACGGCGCAUGCACACAGCUGUGAAACUGAACGAAGUAAUAGUAUCUCGGUCGCACGACGCACAACUAGUCAUACUUAAUCUACCCGGCCCUCCACGUGACACGAAACUAGAGAGAGAGUCUAACUAUAUGGAAUUCCUGGAGGUGUUGACGGAGGGCCUAGAAAAAGUGUUGAUGGUUCGCGGAGGAGGCCGAGAAGUCAUUACUAUCUACUCGUGA